AUGAUAAGCUCUAGACUGGCGAAGACAAAAAAGUGUGAGAGAAAGGCGAUAAAAACAUGUUGGGAACCAAGUACCAAGUACUGGAGCCAGUACGUGACGGGAGAUUGUGGGAAGGAAGGAAAAGUCAAUGACGCCGCCCUCAGGGAGGCGUUCCUUCAACAGGUGCCGUUUGGUUUUGCUUGCUUCUGCUUCAAUCCACCCCACAACAGUCCCGUCUCACCCUACAUGCUUCCUUUGCUCAGGGAUGUCAUUAAUUACGUCCGUGGAUGUGUUGGUGUGGCGGGAGCAUCGAAAGCGUUCAGUGAAAGUGGGUGGGAUGAGGAUGGGGGGAGAGUGGGGGGAAGUGUUGGGAGUGAAGCGGGAGUGGAGCUAUCGUUGAAGUGGGUGGUGGCCCCCCCGCGUGUGGUCAUCGCUGUGCCUCGUAGUGGAUCCCGGGGGAAUGGGGAUAGCGAACAAGAGCCAGUGCUUCGGCUCCCCUGCAGAGCCACCGGUGACCCCGCUUAUGGACAACUUAGCGUCACCUGGACUCACAAUCGUCUCCAAAUCAACUCCACCAAGCGUCGUUUACUCGAUUCGAACGGGGACCUCGUUUUUAGUCGGGAGGUGCAACCAAAGUACUUGCUCAAUGUUCAUCCCACCAUUCUCAACGAGGGCUGCCAUUUUGGACAGCAGCUCUGA